AUGGGUGUCUCUAGGAGAAAUUGCUUAAUAUUUUUUGUGUUGCUUUCUUUUGCAAUGAGUAUGGAAACAAUUUCAGGAGCAGUAACAGACAAUCUGAGCUGCAACUUUCUGAGCAGUCCAUGUUUUGGGAAGAAAAUAAAAUGCCCUACUCAGUGCCCUCUUAAAUCACCCUCUGAUCCAAAUGCCAAAGUUUGUUCUCUUGACUGUGCUUCUCCCGUAUGCAAAACUCAAUGCAAAUAUCGCAAACCAAACUGCAAUGGCCGUGGAUCAGCAUGCUUAGACCCGCGCUUUGUUGGAGCAGAUGGAAUAGUUUUCUACUUCCAUGGAAGAUCCAAUCAACAUUUCGCCUUAGUAUCUGGUCAAAAUCUUCAAAUCAAUGCUCGUUUCAUUGGCCUAAGACCUAAAGGUAGAACAAGAGAUUAUACAUGGAUUCAAGCACUUGGAGUCCUUUUUGAGUCUCACAACUUCAUUGUUGAAGCAACCAAACCAACAAAAUGGGAUAAUGAAAUUGAUCAUUUGAAAUUCUCUUACAAUGGAGAGGAACUUCAUGUUCCGCAAGUUUACCUCUCUAAAUGGGAGUUUCAAGAAAAGAAAAUUAGUGUAGAGAGAACAUCAAACACCAACAGUGCUGUUGUUAAUGUUCACGGAAUUGUGGAGAUAUAUGUGAAUGUUGUGCCUGUAACUAAGGAAGAUAGUAGAAUUCAUAACUAUCAAAUUCCUGAUAAUGAUUGUUUUGCUCAUUUGGAGGUUCAGUUUAAAUUUUAUGAUCUGCCUUCAAAAGUUGAAGGUGUUCUUGGGAGGACUUAUCAGCCGGAUUUUGAAAAUCCAGCGGCUAAAUUAGGUGUGGCGAUGCCGGUGGUUGGGGGUGAAGAUAGAUAUAGAACUACAUCACUUCUUUCUGCUGAUUGUAGUGCUUGUUUAUUUGUUCCUGGUGAAAAUUCCAGAAACAACAACAAUGUGAUUGUACUAGUGUUGCCAACAGUGGGAAUGGUAUAA